CCUCCUCAGUCAGAGAAGAUCAGCCGGGUCCGGAGUCCGACCCUCCACCAGCACGUACUCGGAUACCGGUUUCCGCUCCGUUUGGGACCGCGCAGGAUUAUCCAGCCAUGGUGGUCGUAGCAGCAGGGGGAGCCCACAAGGUGCUCCUCAUCUCCGGGAAGCAGAGCUGCUCCGCCGGCGCCCAGCCCGGCUUCGGCCGGCCCAUCUCCGUGGUCCUGCCGUCCUCCAGCCAGGCGUCGUCGGACUCCGAGUCCAGCACGUCGGCCGGGCCGCCGGUGCGGAAGAGGCAGCGCUUGACCCACUUGAGUCCGGAGGAGAAAGCGCUUCGAAGGAAGCUCAAGAACAGAGUCGCGGCUCAGACCGCCAGAGACAGAAAGAAGGCCAAGAUGGGGGAACUGGAGCAGCAAGUUCUGGAGCUGGAACUGGAGAACCAGAAACUUCACAUCGAGAACAUGCGACUUCGGGAACAGACGAGCGGCCUCCAGACAGAGAACGAGGAGCUGAGACAGCGGCUCGGCUUGGACGCGCUGGAGUCGAAGGAAAAGGUGCAGGUGUUGUUGUCCACUGGGAGCGAAGCAGAUUUGGGGAUCGGGUCUUCUGAGUCCGCAGCACUCAGGCUACGUGUGUCCGCAGCAGGUGCAGGCCCAGCAGUUCCUAAAUCUGAAGACCUCUCAAUGGAUACAGAUGGUCCUGACCCUGCAGACUCUGAGUCUGAUCUGCUCCUGGGCCUUCUGGACAUCAUUGGCCCAGAGCUGUUCCUCAAGUCAUGUGAGCAGGAGUGCCAGGAGCCGCCGGUGCUCCUGGUCGGAGGGGGGGAACCAGUACCUCCCGCCGCACCUGCGACUGUGGGGGCCUCACCAGUUAAGCUGGAGGCCCUUAAUGGACUGAUCCACUUGGACCACAUCUACACCAAGCCCGUGGAGGAGGUGAGCGACGGGCAGUGCAGCGACUCGGAGAGCGACGCGGAGAUCGUGGCCACCUUCGCCGCCGUCGAGGAAGUGGAAAUGUGCGUGAAGGACGAACCAGAGGAAGUGGUGAUCCAGGGCUGCGACGCCCCGACGGACACCGACUUCCCUGCGGACUCCUCCCCGAACCUCGGCGGCCUGGACAAGGAGGCGUGCCUCGCGGACACCUUCAGUGACUCCGGGUACGAAGGGUCCCCCUCCCCGUUCAGCAACAUGUCGUCCCCCCUCUGCUCCGAGAGCAGCUGGGAGGACAUGUUUGCCAACGAACUCUUCCCCCAGUUAAUCAGCGUCUGAACCGCUUCCUCAUAUACCGUGUAUACCGCCGAGGCGCCCGCCCCAUUGACCUGUGGGAGUCUGCGAGAAAAUUUGAACUGCCACGCAAUUCCUGCCAUUUUUAAUCUGCCACCACGCGGGGGAGGGGACCCCAACAUUUAAGUAUUUUAUUUAUUUGUGUAUUCUGCUUCGGAGUCACUGUAUGUAUGUACGCAUGUAAAAACUACCGCUUCUACUGUCGCUCUUCUUGUAGUCAAAUUACUGCAUUAAAAAAAGUUUUGCAUCGCA